UUCUUUUCUCUUUUCUUUAUCAUUUUCCAUUAAAAAAAAGCUGUUUUUAUUUUCUUGGGAAUCCAAGAAGAUGGAGAGACCUCAACGCGAUUCCAAUCCAAAUCAAUUUCCUUUUAUCUUUACCCAAUUGUGUUCUUAAUCUGACAGAUGGGUUUUGUUUUCUUUUUCAUUUUAUUAAUUCCCUCUCUCUGUAAUCCGCCAUUAAACUAACAUACCGAACUAAGCUCCAAACCUCGCGAUUCCCCAAACUUUCAUGAGCGUAACGGAAAGAAAAAACAACCCAAAAGCGCCCAACCCAUUUCAUCUUACCCUCUUUUCUCCCCUAUUUCUCGUUCAGUAAUCGAUUCCCUACAAACCCUUUUAUUCUUCUUCUCUCUCUCUCUCUCGCUCGAUUUCUUCUUCUCUCUGUAAUUCCCAUCUGGGUUUCGCCUCCGAUCCGCCUUCCAUGGAGGAUUCUUCCCGGAAAAAACCCGGCUCAGUUUGGGAGCCUCGUUCUCGUCGGAGAUCUUGGUGUUGUUCAUUUGCGGUGCCGCCGUCCAGUCCCGAUAACUUCGUGAUUUCUCGGUCUAAAACCCCUCGAAAUAAGUCGGAGAGUGUAGCGAAACCUAAUAUCUCUGUGCCCAAUUCGCCUCAGAGCUCCAAAUCUGGGUUGGGUUUGGUCGGUCGGAUUGACCCUCGAAGGAUCUUGUCUCCGGGGAGGGUUUCGCCGAUUGAUUCCGACCAGAAUGUUGAGGGUUUGGCUCAAGAAAUGGGCACGGAGAACUCUGCAGUUAUCGAUUCGAUCAUCCAACCGCGAGUUGAAAGCUUUCGAGCCCCAAAGGAGAAAUAUCGCGAUCCUCCAGCUAGCUUGUCCCGCACUGGUUCGAUUGCUGGAUAUGAUAAGAAGGAUGUGUUUGAUGUGAGAUUGAAUUUGAGGGGAAAAAACGGCGGCUGCUUGGUUUUGGAGUUGAAUUCAGAGGCAUUGUGUGCUAAUUCAGAGGUUUUUUCUGAGCUGAUUGUGAAACAUAAGAAGGAUUUAGCACCAAAUGGCAGCCCUUCGCGUUCUAAAUUGUGUAGAAUUGAAGUUCCUGAGGUGGAUAACUUGGGGGUGUUUAGGGACACUAUUGAGCUUAUGUUUGAGGAUGAUAUUUCAAAAUGGCUCGUGAAGGUCGGCGUCUACCGGGCUAUUGACAUACUUGAGGUAUCUGCAGGUAUCAUGUUCACAAAGUGUGUUGCUUCAUGUUUAAACUACUUAGAGGCCGUGCCUUGGACAGAAGAGGAAGAAGAGAAACUAAGGAAUCUGUUCUUAAAAGUCAAGUUCGACGAUGCAACGAGUAGAGACGUCAUGGCCAGAUUACGCUCGCUCGACUCAGUAACUUCACAGCAAUGUGUAGCCAGACAGCUUGUUUGGUCUAUUUCCACGUGUACGAAUUCCGUUGCAAGGAACGAACUGAAGUGUUUAGUCAAGGCCCUUCUGUGCAAAAGCUCAGUCUAUGAGAAACAUCAUCUAGACCUUAGUAAAGAAGACCUUUAUGCAGUUUUCCAUACUUGUAUAGCUUCUUUAGUCAGCCUCUUGAAGGGAUCCUCGGACAGCGUCUCCCCCGAAAGAUGCUUAAAGAAUAUAACCCCGAAGCCAUUAAUCGAACAAAUCGCACUGGAGGUCGAUAACAUCAACUGGCUGCUUGAAAUCUUACUUGAUUGGCAAAUGGCUGAAGAAUUCGUCAACAUAUGGGCAGAUCAGAAAGAACUGAUUAGGAUGCACGAGAACACUUCACCGAUGGUUCGGUACGAGCUCAGUCGAGUUUCAGCUUACUUAUUCAUUGCAAUGGGGACGAGAAAACUGAAUUGUCGUUCAGAAUCACGGUCGGGACUGCUACAGGCAUGGUUUGGUCCAAUGCUACUAGACUUCAGCUGGUUACAGCGCUGCAAAAAGGGACUGGAUAUGAAACUACUGGAGGAAGCCAUGGGUCAGGUAUUGCUUACUCUACCUAUGAAGCAACAACAUUUGCUAUUCAUGGACUGGUGUCGGUUCUUCUCGAAGCGUGGUACCGAGUGUCCUAAUCUUAGCAAGUCGUUCCAAAUAUGGUGGCGUCGUUCGUUCCUUAGAGGAUCGGAGACCUACUCCAUUGAAUCUAGGUAAGCUGUCCCUGCACCACAAGUGAAGCAGUUGUGUGUACACUUGAAAGUUAACAAUAGGAUGCUUUUAGAGCAACAGACAAGUUCAUAAUUUAUUAGAGAUUGUAUUUGUGAAAAAUUAUGUUCUUAAGAGAAGGGCUAAUGAGAUUGUUUAUGUAAAUUUUCAUAAUAGAGUUGGAUCUGUCCCA